CUUCAAAAUAAAUCGGCUUUCAGAUCUUGUGCCAUUCCACAAGUAUGGGCAUUUGCAACUUUGACAAAAACGUUUAGAAAUUAUGAUACAUUCCAAAAAAUUGUUAAAAUUAGAAGAGGUGAAGCUGUUAAGAUAUUCUUAAAGUGCACUAGUAUUCAUGAUCUUGCAAAUUUCUAUCUUGAGUAUACUAGAGUAAUCAUACGUAAAAAUGAUCACAAAGACCCUAAUUUUAUGAAGAUUAGUGCUGCUUGCGAAAAGAUUGAACAAUGGUGCGCUACCAAUCUUCCAACUACGAAAGUUUAUAAUAAAACUCUUAAAAAAGAUUGGUUUAGUUAA